AUGACACGGAAUAGCGCUGAGGAGCAGGCACAUGCUAUAGUCUUAUUGUAUAACAGUGGCCAUGUUAUCGCUGUGAUCUCACAGACAUUCGUAUAUGGAAUAUACACUGUUUUGAUUCCUGUUUCUUCUUAUGUCAUGCUCCGCAGGGGACUCGCUACAAGGGCGCAGAAGAUCUUAUUUGGGAUGACCAUAUUCAUGUUUGCAUUAUUGACAACACACUGGAUCGCAUCAAUAGCGACAUUGAUUAGGCUCAUUCAUGUUGCGCAGUCACUGAAUCAUGUUGAUGGCACGAAGACUUUGAAGAUGUGUCUCUUUAUGCUCAGUCUCAUUGUGGUCUCUGUCAUAGCCACAAUUGCUAGUCAUAUCACACUCAUGGUCAUUGACACAAAGGAGACCGGAGAGCUGGGGAGUGGCAAUACUGGUAUUGUCCCUUCUCACAAACUUGCUGGCAACAUUUUUUAUUUCCUUGAAGGCUUGAUGGGACAGUGGGCUGUCGGCACUCAGCUUGCAGUGACAUGGAGGAAAAUCGGUCCCGCGAUGGUGGUACUACGGGAUAUUGGAAUGGUCAUCAAAGGUUUUGGGGAAUUGAGUGUCCUGAGUGUAUGA